CGAGCACGCAGUUCAGGAAAUCCCCGCCAGCUCGAUACAUAUGUCACCGUACUGACAACAAGCGACACAGUAAACACAGAGUUGCUGCAGGCAACACAUCGAAAGUCAGUCAUCUCUCGCUGAAGCUCAACCUGCACAUCGCCAUAAUGGAGCAGGAAAGAUGGAGGAUCCUCCCACUUCUUGCUGGGAGCCUGUUCCUUGCCGGGGCGACACUUGGCAAGGACUUGGCAGGGAGGCCGGUGAUGCAGCAGCAGUAUGAGUGGGUGUUCGGACAGCACGUGCUGCAGUAUGCACAGCAGGACUCCUUCAGCCUUCUGCGCUUCCAGGUUCCUUCGCAGGUCCUGAGAGUUGACUUCCAGGUCAGCUUUCCUGCCGCCGAGGGCAUCAACCAGCCAGUGAAGCCAGUCGUGAUAGCGCUGCGGCGUGCUGGUAUCCCAGUGGUUCACCUGUACGAUGAAGCUGUUCCAGGACAGUUCACGUUGCCUAGCGACCAGCAGACCCACAACGUCACCACGAGCGAGAAGACCUGGGUGCUAACCUUGAAGUCCCCAGCACCCGGUUCUGUCUACCUGCUGGCCUCUGUGAUGAACCCAGUGGAGGACGUCGUCGAAGCGCUCCGCUGGGGGAAGCCGUUAGCUGGCGACUACGUCAUGGACGUUCGCGCUGUGUACACAGUACUGACCGGCAUGACGUCACUCGACACACGUGGGAUUAACGGUCUCGUUCUUAGGAAAGGGGAAGCAGUCACCUACAGCCUGCCAGUGCCAGCCUUUGCUACUGAGUAUGAACUUGCUGUCAGCAACUGCACGGCUGACACAGUGGACAUCUGUCCUGUCAUUAUGUCAGCCUCCGACACGCUGUCUGGUGACGGAAGUGUGUCAACUUCCGUAAACUGCAGUGCGCAUGCUCAGCCAUGUCGUUUGAGAGUGGUCUCCCCUACUACAGAUGGUGACAGCUACGUUACCUUGUUAUUAGACAACACGGAUGGAGUGGAAAAUGCUACUUUUUCCAUCAAUUAUAGAUUUCAAGACUGCCAGGCUGAAGACACAACCGAUGCGGUCCAUAGCAUGAUGCUGAUGUAUGGCAAUGACAUGGAGAGUGCAGCCAACGAAUGGCAGACGAGAACAGAGCGAGACAACUCUACCGGUGUCUCUAUGGGUCUCGGGUCAGACGAUGACCUCUUGGCGUGUGUGAACGUUGGAAGGCUGGGGCGCAUUAAUACACCAACAAGCGAAGACUUCGCCUUCGAUGUGGACUUUGCCUUGUGGUCCAUAGAUGGCGCUGUUCGGCCGAUUGAAGUUGUGGUGCCGGACGACGCGACCCAUGUUCGAACCCUGACCCUGCAGGAAACUGUGGACACUGGGGGCAUGCUGUACGUGCAGCUGCAGCUGAUGACAGAGGAGUGGCGAGGGAGGGUGUGGCUGUGCGCCAUGCCCCGGCGACUGCCCUACAACAGCAGCCUGGACAACUGCCCCGACGGCCUGCACCUGGCUGUGAACGACUCCUAUACCUCUGCUUCCUCCUACCUGCCUUUUCCGAGCACAGGUGUGUGGUACCUGGCGCUGCGGAGUCAGUGUUUUGGCAAAGGAGGACCUGAGCCAUGCAGCACAGCCCCUAUGGUCAACGUGUCGUUGAGGUUAACCCAGUGCAGCUUUGGACAGUGUGGUCAGUUUGGUCAGUGCCAACUCUUCUCAGAAGCCACUACAGUCUUCUCCGCGUGUGUCUGUCAGGCCGGUUACCGAGGGAUGACGUGCAGCGACGCCACGUACGGCCUCAGCAAGGGGGAGCAACUACAAGCCGUGUACCUUCUGACAUUAAGCAACUUGUUCUUCCUACCAUCCAUCCUCUUGGCCUUGCACCGACGAUUCUUCACAUUAGCCGCCAUCUUUACUUUCACCUUCUUCUUUUCCACCUUUUACCACGCCUGCGACACUAAUGAGGUGUACGGACUGUGCAUCACAGACUACGACACCCUCAGCUUCUGCGACUUUCUGGGCUCCGUGCUGAGCUUCUGGGCGCUGCUGGUGACCAUGGCGCGAGUGAGGGAGUCGUGGCGCACGCUGCUGCUGAUGUGCGGGGCGCUGGUCGUCGCUGCCGUGCAGAGCGAUGAGAACGAGCGACACAACACCGUGGCCCACGUCAUCCUGGUGGCGGUGGCCGGCCUGGUGCUCGUCAUCAGCUGGGGUCUGGAGAUGAGGCGUCGCCGCAGUCUCUUCCCAUCAUGGCGGCGAUACCUGUUCUGUCUGCUGCCAGGCUCGCUGCUGGCCUUGACCGGGAUCGUGGUCAACUUCAGUGUCACUGACAUGUCACAGUACCAGUACUCCCACAGCUUCUGGCACUUCGCUCUCAUGCUGGCUCCUUGUUUUCUCAUCCCACCCCGGCCAAAGGAUAUAUACGGUGAAGACCAGGCGACCAGCAUCCAGUCCAUCCUUUCUUACAAUGAGAUACCAGACGCCGCACCAGCUUCUCAUGAUUAUGUCAACGUCUCUGAACGGACCCCUCUGAUAACACCGGCCCGCGGCCCCCCUGCCCCUAGUGACGUCACUGUGUACGGCUGAACCUCCCAAGCUGGACGAACUGCUGAUCCGGACUCCAUUAGUAAACCUGUCGGCUGCAAGAUCACAUACUCACUUUGACUAGUUAUUGUCAAAUUUGCUUAUCAACGUCACGUGACUUUGCCAUACACUUAAACCUUAUUGUAAUUACAUAAUUUUGUCAUACAGUUGAACCUCCUUUUUCACAAAACAAAAAUAACAGUUAAAAGCAACAACAAACAACCAACAAGCAACAACAAACAACCAACUAACAACAAAAACAACCAACAAACAACAACA